AUGAUUUUUUCAAAGAAAGUACAGAGACUUAUGGUUUUCUGCAGUAUGGCUGCCCUGGGGUGCAUAUCUAUGGGUAUGGCAUCUGAUGAACCUUCAUCCUCGCAGGCAACGCCUUCUUCAGGAAAAAGAACAACAACAAAUCUAUCAAAUCCUAUAGAAUCUAAAAAACAAAGGCAGGCGACAUCAACAGAUGUCCCAGCUGACAGUUUUAGUGCACUCAACCUGGAUAAUGAAACUGAAAAAAAGGCACCUAGACUCACUGAAAAAGACGUUUCUGACAUGGUAAAAAAGAGCAAGAAAGGAGAGACUAUAUGGAACUUCCUUAAGCAAGUUAUGGUCACAAAGACCGCAUGGGAAGACCGUCUUCCUAUUCUUGAGAAUAUGGAAAGACAAAACGACAUUUUCACUGUAUAUUCAGGAUACUACAGUGGUAUGAUGGAAGACCUGCAGAGAUACAUGGGGAGAAAUGCACCACAAAGCUAUAGUGCAGAGAAAAAAAGAGACUACGCUGUAAACAUGGCUACACUUGGGGAUAUCUUAAUAAGAAGGCCUAUAAGACUCCCAGACUACAGAGACAUAGCAAAGAUCAUGGGUCAAAUAAACAGAAAUGAGACAGAAGCAUUCAGAAGAAUCAUAGACACAUUCAUGCUUUACCCAGAGCUAUACUGUGACAUGAAAAAUCUCACAUUAGAGAAGAUAAAGAAGAUUCUUCAGCCAGGCACACAAGGCAGAAAUACUCCAUACUCAGAGAAAGAGCUAGAAGAGGCACUUGCUGUUGUCAGCUACUUAUGGAAAACAGUAAGGUACUACAAUGACUCUACAGACAGCAGCAAACAAACCUGUGCAUCAGUCUCAAAUGAGGCUGUAGCUGGUCUUAAGAGUGUCCUAGCAGCAAAAGGUAUUAAUGUAGACAGUAUAACUGAAGAAUCCAUUGGAACUAUCUACAAGGCAGUUUAUGAAGCAGUCACUGUAUUUUACACUUCCAUUGCAGCUAUGUCACACAAGGAAAAGCAGGCACUACUUGGUCUAAAAGGCACUGAAGUCUUUAGGGCCCAGAAGUACUUAAAGUACCAAGCAAACAUUGUUUCAUCAAAAGACAACAACGGUACUGAAAGAUAUCUUGUUAAUACACAUGACAUUAGUGAGGUAGUUAACAGGUGGGAAACAUGCGUCUCAGAAACCAGCCACUUCCACAUUCAUUACAUAGACAAUGAAAAGCAAAGUCUCAAAAGAAUGUGUAUUCCAAGGUACAACGUAACUGGUGGAAAUUCACAAGAAUCAGUGGAUGUCCAUCCAAUAAGCUAUGUAAUUGACUACAUAAGAAGAGUGAACAGAAUUAAGAAAGAAACUGUUUAUGCAAUGAAAACAUUCCAUAACUCAAACAAGUGGUCAUUAGUCUCUGAUGACGAGAAAAACAAAACAAUUGAAGAGAUGAAUAAGGAGCACUACACUGUAGUAUUCUACAGAAUGGAGAAAAAGAUACAGGACAAUUACUUCAUAUGUGCAAGAUUCACAUCCAAACUAUCACAAGGUGAAUACAGUCCAGAUAGACAACCAAGACUUCAAAUUCCUCUUUUCAUCUCUCCCCUUCAUAGAUCUGCCAUGAAGCUGCUGUCUCCAUUCGUGGAGGAGCACUCAGAGCCCAAACUAGUCUCCCUGAAUGAUCUGCAGAAUGAAGGAGUAACACCCUCCACAUACAUGCACUCAUCAAGUAACGAAAGAAUGACAGAUACUACUCUGCAGGCUGCAGAGACAGGCUACUACACAGAACUGUACAUCCAUGAUGAAGAAGAAAAGGAAAGGGUUUGCUACACUUUAGAGCCAACAUCCACUCCAAUUGAUGGAUCUGGAAAGGGAUGCCUCACUUGGUACGUCAGAAUGGAUGAAAACCCAGAGGAAUACGAGCACUACUUAAUGAAAAAUGAAGGAACUUCUGCAGAUAAAUUAUACUACAGAAAGUUCUUCAUUAAUUCACUAAACAAGACUAUGUUCCCAUCUAUGUACCAGGUGAAUGGUGUGUGCUGUGCAUACAGCCAGUCCAAGGUAAAUCUCACAGUUCUUUUCUGCAAAAACAUGAUAGAAUAUGCAACGUACAAGGCCAAUCUAUUCUAUGAUGAAAAAGACCUGCCACACCUCAUGGCAAUCAAGGCCAGAAAUCACACUAAGUCCAGUCUUGGUGUGAACAAUGACAUACUUAAGAUUAUGCUUGCGCAAUAA